AUCCCCAACAAAUACUCCAACUUCUUUUGGAAGUUGUUCCUUGCAUUCACAGUCAUCGCUCUACGUCAGCUUCUCGUGUUCAGCAAUGGACUGGAUAAGUUCUAAUUUUUGGGGGAAUCCCAGAAACUGUUUUAUAAUAUUGAGGAAUUCCAAGAAACUUUAAAUUUAGUCACUUUACAUGGAAAAUUGACACGUACUGAAGAAAUUUCUGUGGCGACGAGCCAUUUGUUGUAGCCCAGCCAUGGAGAUCUUCUCUCUCAUUUACGCGACAAUUGUUCUGUUGCUGGAUAUUUCUGCUACACCUGUCGCUCCCCGGCAAAUUCUCCAAAACAUUUUCUCCGAGCCCUCCCAAAUCCAUCACAUUUCUUCCACAGAACUCUCAGAUUUGUACUCCGUCAUUGAUUACGGAGCCACGGGAGAUGGAAAAACAUUCGACACGGCGUCUAUUCAAGCUGCUAUUGACGCUUGUUCGGCGAGGGGCGGCGGUCGGGUUCGAUUCCCGCCAGGGUCGUAUUUGACGGCCACACUUUUUUUGAAGACGGGAGUGACUUUAUUUGUCGAAGAAGGGGCCACAGUGCUCGGAAGCCCUAACCAGAAUGAUUACCCCGCGCAGAGCAGCCGGUGGUAUGUUAUUUUAGCUGAGAAUGCGUUGAAUGUGGGGAUCACCGGCGGGGGCACAAUUGACGGCCAGUCGUCAAAAUUCGUGACACGGUUUGACGAACGAAAGAAUGUUAUGGUUAGCUGGAAUGUGACGGGAGAUUGCCUUGGGGAUGAAUGCCGGCCCAGGCUUGUAGGGUUCUUGGGCUGUGAAAAUGUUCGUGUUUCGAAUAUCCGUUUGACCGAUCCCGCUUAUUGGUGUUUGCACCUUGUUCGGUCGAAUAACAUUUCAAUACAUGACGUCUUUAUAUAUGGGGACUUCAACACUCCAAAUAAUGAUGGCAUUGAUAUAGAGGAUUCCAACAAUACUAUUAUUACUAGGUGUACUAUUGACACAGGUGAUGAUGCAAUUUGCCCAAAGACAUAUACAGGGCCUCUGUACAAUCUCACAGCAACAGAUUGCUGGAUUAGGACUAAAUCCUCAGCAAUCAAGCUUGGGAGUGCCAGCUAUUUCAAUUUUGAGGGCUUAUAUUUCAACAACAUUACAGUUGUUGAUUCACAUAGAGGACUCGCAUUACAAAUACGUGAUGAAGGUAGUGUCAACGGAGCGACAUUUUCCAACAUAAACAUUACUACUCGCUACUAUGAUCCAUCAUGGUGGGGUAGAGCAGAACCAAUCUAUGUCACUGCCUGCCCUCGGGACCCACAUACGGUGGUUGGGUCAAUAUCUAAUGUGCAAUUUGUUAACAUAACAGCAACAUCAGAGAAUGGAAUUUUCUUAGCCGGUUCAGAUGAAAGUAGAUUGAGUAAAAUAGAACUCAAAAAUGUAAAUAUAAAAUUGAAAAGGUGGACAAACUACAAGGGUGAUUUAUUUGAUUACAGACCUGGAUGCCAAGGACUUGUCCCCCAUCACACUGCCGGUGUUAUGAUGGAAUAUGUAUCUGAUGUACUAUUGAAAAAUGUAAAUAUGACCUGGGUUUUGAACAAAAAUGUCAACUGGGAUGUACCCAUGGACUUCAAGCCCUCUACUGUAAACAAAAUCUAUAUGGCUGACUUUCAGUCAUCUGUGGACAAAUAGAACUUCAAAGAGUUGUGCUUGGCAUCAUUGAACAUAAGUCCAUGAGUAGUGUAGCAAUGAAAAAAAUUCAAAGCAUGCAAACUUUCGUGUAAUUUAGGAAUUAUUGCUUUGGUAUAAAUUUAUAAUUGCUUCA